AUGAACAAAGAGCAGAACUACUAUCAGUCAGUCCACACUGAUUUUCUCAUCAGUGAUUUGAUUGAGAGGAUGGAAUACACUCUGUUCGGUAAACUGGAGUUCAUCUACAGAUUCAGAUCCAGAGUGACAGCAGGAACAACAACUGUGUCAGUAGGAGACAGAGUGACACUGAGCUGCUCUGUGGAGAAAUCUGCUGGUUGGAAAUAUGAGUGGUUCAGAAGAACCUCACACACCUCUGAAUACAGAAUCAAUGAUGGAGAAAAUGGAAACAUCAGAGUCUCACAAGGAGGAAUCUACAGAUGCAGAGGAUUUAGAGGAGAACCAGCCGUCUACUCUGAUAAAAGUGAUGAAGUCACCAUCAACAUAACAUUUUCCAACAAAGUGAGUGUGACCCAAAAACCCAGCUGGUCUCAGAUGUUCAGAGGAGAGACGAUCACUCUGACAUGUGAGGUUCAGGGAGGUGAAGGAGUUCAGUGGGAGUAUGAAUGGAGAACACCUCAGUCACAGACAUUCAGGACAAACAGGAAAGACUGGACAUUCACAGCUUCCAUCAGUGGAGACUACAGCUGUAAGAGCAGACCCACAGAUGAUUCCUAUUCUGGAACAAAGUGGAGUCAAGCUGUCAGGUUAUCUGUUUCAGGACCGAUAAAGCUCUGA